UUUUACCAAAAAAAUAUUCAAUUUUACCCUUUUUCACAUAAAACUACUAUUUUUUACUCCAGUUUAUCUAUUUGUGGUAUAUUUUUGACCUGAACUUUCUAGAAUUUUGACGUAUACCCGUGUUUUUAACCUUUUUGAUGUGUAUUAGUGUGUGGUGUAGUAAAAUUGUGAAAAUAAAUAAAGUGUAGCGUAGUGAAAUUGUGUUCUUCUUUAACAGAUAUUCUAUAAGUGAUGGCGCCUGUCAAAUUUGGACUCUUCAAAGCGAGGAGUAGGGAACAGGAGCAACCUUCAACGGAGAACCUUCUGCAGAACAGCACCAGCUCUGAACCAGCUACCCCCGGUUCUCCAAUCCCAUCGACGAGUAAAGGACAGAGUGCAGAUGAUUUCUACUCGCCAGACAUAUCGGUAUUGCAGCUCGACAGUGAUGACGAAGAUAUCGGUUCAGAAAAACCUACGCCCACUAGACGAGUUAGUCAUAGCAGUGUUACAGAAGACCCACUGCUGAACUACCAGCAACUGACCAACAACUCCUCAGAUACCCUUAUAGACGAUGACGCUACCUCCUGCGACGCCAACUCCAUACAAUUCGACGAGAGCUCUAUAGCGCCCAGCGAGGACCUGUCUGUGUAUUGUCUGAAGAAGAAGAAGAAUACCCUGAGGAGUAAGGAGGUGCAGCAGCUACGGGACUUGGAUAUGUGGAGGGCCAGUGACGUGGAAGUUAUGCAGCGCCGACAGCUAAGCUACCAGCAACUGACCAACAACUCCUCAGACACCCUUAUAGACGAUGACGCUACCUCCUGCGACGCCAACUCCAUACAAUUCGACGAGAGCUCUAUAGCGCCCAGCGAAGACCUGUCUGUGUAUUGUCUGAAGAAGAAGAAGAAUACCCUGAGGAGUAAGGAGGUGCAGCAGCUACGGGACUUGGAUAUGUGGAGGGACAGUGACGUGGAAGUUAUGCAGAACCUCCUAAGUCGGAGCGGCAACCUAAACGACCAGUUCAAAUGGGAGGCGAUCGCGACCGCCAGGGGGCUCUGCACACUCACAGAUAACUGCACGUGCACAGACUGUGCACGUGCCAAGUACCUGGCGGGGAUGGCGGAUGGAGAUGGUGGAAUGUCAGCCGCACCGUUGCUAAGUGUAGGAUGUGUUUUACAGUAAGGUAUCAGUUAAAGACUGUACUUAAGGAUUUUUUGUAUGUAAUUAGAUAUCCUUUUUAUACAUAAAUUCUCUUGAAGUCUAGAUUAUUUUAGACAACAGUGAAACACAAAAUGUGACAGAUGAUAUGAUUCGUUUCUCAUUUUGGUGUGACAAUGAUAUGACUCGUUUUCUUAUGAUAUUUGAUAAAAUCUCCCUAUAACAGUGUAAGUUGUGAAAGACACGGCUCUGCACACUCACAGACAACUGCACGUGCACAGAUUGUGCACAAUGUGCACGUGCCAAGUAUCUGGCGGGGAUGGCGGAUGGGGAUGGUGGGAUGUCAGCGGCACCGUUGCUAAGCGUAGGGUAUGUCUUACAGUAAGGUACAUACAAUUUGAAGCUAGCAAUGAAAAGA